AUCACUCAGCACUGUUACUUAACACAAGCUGUUGGAUAUAAUAUAUCUAUCUUGGUACUGGUCUAGUCUACGACUUUGACAGCUAAAUGUUAGCUAGCUGUACUGGCAAUGGAGAAGACACCACCGCUAUGGUGGUAGCGAUAGAGAAACAGGAAGGCUGAGAUGACUGUCCACAACCUGUACAUCUUUGACCGAAAUGGUAGCUGUCUCCAUUACAGCGAGUGGAAUCGGAAGAAGCAGGCUGGAAUCUCCAAGGAGGAGGAGUAUAAACUGAUGUAUGGGAUGCUGUUCUCCAUACGCUCUUUCGUCAGCAAGAUGUCUCCUCUCGACAUGAAGGAUGGUUUUCUGGCUUUCCAGACCAGCCGCUACAAACUUCACUACUAUGAGACGCCCACUGGGGUGAAGAUAGUGAUGAACACUGACCUGGGCGUGCCCAACUGCAGGGACGUCCUGCAUCAGAUCUACAGCACGCUGUAUGUGGAGUACAUAGUGAAGAACCCGCUGUGUCCUCUGGGGGAGACUCUGCAGAGCGAGCUCUUCAGCAGCAGACUGGAGUCCUUCAUCAGAGCUCUGCCUUUCUUCAGCGCUCGCGCUGGCUGAAGGAGGGAGGACGAGCAGGAAGCGGAAGGAUAAAAAAGCUGAUGAAGAGAGAGAGGUGCGCUGGGAAUUCCAAACUGCUCGCACCCUCGCCUCCUACUACCCUGUGCGAUCCGUGAGCUGUGAUUUUCUGUGAGUGAGAACUGUGAGUGACGGGAUGUAUUGGAAGCAGAGGGUAGUAGGGAGUGAAGGACCGAGGGGUUUGGAGGGAGGGAGUGAGGAAGAGAGACACGGUGGGUGAACUGUGGAUUUACCAGUGGGAAAAGACUCUUGUGGUGUGGUGGGGGGGGGGGGGGGGGGGGGGUGGUUGUCAUUUCUUAAACACAUGACGUUGACAAAUGCACACAUACGCGUUGUCUUACACUGAUGGAGGGACUCGAUGGACAUGGUGUGAAAGUGACACACAGAUUGACACACGUACACAAUGACAAAGUGAAACACCGAGCCAGUUGAACUGACUGGCACUCACGGAUUUGCAGAGGCAUACUGUUUGUACUUAUUUAUUUUACAUGCCCUCCUCCCCAAAAACAUUAAAUAAAUAUGUAAAAUACA